UGAUAAUAUUAUAUUAUACUCUCUUAACGUAUACGCGCCGCCGACGAUAUACCUAUAGUGUGUAUCGAAAGCGAUCCGAGAAUACACCGCGCAACGCGUUUGCCAAUUUCGCGCGCGCCAGAAUAAAUAGAACGGUCGGCUCUGUUCGGUUGUUCAUCAUCGUCGGCGCAUUGUUUGUCGUACUUACAACCACGCGCAUUAACGGUCACAAAAAAUUAUAUUAUAUUGUGUAGCGUACGUCCGCCGAGACGACACGGUGAAAACGUCUCGUCGAUUUUCGUGUAUCAUAAUAAUAUAGUGUACGUAUUACCGGUUUUAUUAUAUUGUCUGUACCCAACCGUGUACCCAAAAAGUUUACUUACCCGUACGAUAAAUCCCCGACGCCGGUGUAAAUAAUAAUAUAUUACGCCUGUGUAUUAUAAGUACACUUUACCGGAAGAUCGGACGCCCGACUACCUAAAAAGAAUAACCCUUUUUGCAGGAUUCUGGAAUAUUGUUCAUACGAGAUCGUCUUUAGCACGAGGUGAGCGAACAAUUAUUACUAUUUAUUAAUAUAUAAUAUUAUUGAUUAUAUUAUUAUAUAUUUAUUUCUCUGGCGUGUAAUCGCGGGCCUCUGGAAACCUGUAAACCCUAUACAGAAAAACAAAACUGGACACUAACUAGUAGGAAAAUUAGAAGUUAAGUUAGAAAUUACUUUUGUCGACAACUUUUAACUUAACUAGUAGCUUUGUUUAUAUUGUAACUUAAUAACUUAACUAGUUAUUUUUAAAAUAAUCAAAAGUUGUUCUUACAAAAUGUGUACUUUAUAGUUUUAAAAAUAAAUUUAAAAUCACCAAUCGUUUGGACUGCCUAGUGAUAAGAAUAAAUACGGUAUCAGAUUGAUAUUGUAUUAUUAGUAUGUAGUUUACUGAUAAGUACUAUAAUAUUGAUAAAUGAUAUAUUAAUUGAUGAUUGAGAAUGACAUGCACCACUUAAAUAUAUAACUAGUUUUUUUUUUUUAUAAUAUUCUAACAUAAAUUAAUUAUAAAUUAUUACUAAUUUUCCUAGGGCUGGUGAGUGAUGUAUCGAGUAAGUUUCACCCAUAGAUAUUUAAAAUAUAUUAUUAUUAAUUGCUAUAUAUUGAUAUUCUUAUUGAUUAUAGGUAAAUUAUUCCAUAUAUGCAAUACAUUAAAGUUAAUACAUCUAACAUUUGAUCAAAAAUUAUCAAUUCAAUUCAAUUGAUAUAGUAUCACCAAUAAUUUAAUUUCUGUUUUUUAAAUUAUGAAAAAAAACCUAACCUUUUAUUUUAACUUAAGUUACUUUUUUUCAUUAAGUUAGAAAUUUAGGAAAUUUUAGAAACUAACUUCUAUCCUGACUGUAUUGGUUUUUAUAUUAAAGUAAUUUAACUUUGACUAGUUGAAAAAAAUACUAACUUGCCAGUUUUGUAUGCAUAUAGCUCUGUAUAGUAAUUGAGUCCACGGUUAGAAAACCAAAAAUAUAGUAAUUGAGACCGAGGAUUACUUUGAGUAAAAUAUAAAAUCAACCAUAUUAUACGAAUAUGGAGACGACUACGUGAUAUCGUUCAUAUCAUCUUUAGCAAUUUCGUCAGAUAAUAUAAUCUCAAUUCGUAUGCAGCCAAUAUAAUAACAUAAUUUUAUGUUAUUAUUAUAAUUGCCGGGAAUUUUAGAUUUUAUUUCUACCGUCGCUAGUACUCAUACCAUUAAUGCAAGAAAUGAUAUAAAAAAUAAAAAAAAAUUAAUCUGGGAACAAAAUGCAGCUGAUGCAAUCAAAUAAAAUAACUUAAUUUGAAUAUAUACAAUGUUUAUCACAUACAAUUUUACCAAAAUGAAAAAUAUAAUUUUAUCACCUAUAUUCAUUAAACUAUACACAAGGACAUUUAUAUUAUUCAUAUUAUAAUAAAUUUUUACCUAUAUGUAAAAAAUGUAAUUUUAAUGUUUUUUUUUAAAAAAAGUUUGAUGGGACUCGAUAGGAUUUGAUAGGUUAGUAUUAUGGCUAAAAUUGGAAGGAACUUAAUUCGUUCUAAAACGUUUUAUUAGGACUCAGUUCGUACGCAGCUAAAUAUAGAUAAAGAAAUUUUUCCUUAUCUAUAUAUGCGAUCAAAAAAUCUAUAAUAGUAUCUGUGGGAUUUCGCAUGAAAAUUCAAUUCAAUGUUUAUUUUUGUAAUUAUUUCAAAUUUAGAGAAAAAAUAAUAUUCCUAAAUUUAUUUUCUAUUAAAUAGUAUUAUAUAUUCCAGCCAGACGUACUUAUAACUAUAAUUAUCUUAAAAUAUUUUAAUUCGUUAUGUAUUUUUAGAUUCUGAGUGUAAUAGCAAAGAAAAUAUUAGUUUUACUAAAAUGUAUGAUUUGGUUUUUCUUUUGGUUCGUAAAAAUGCUCCAAUUUUUUUUUAUGUUAUACAUUCAGAACAUUUCAUAAAGAUGCGAAUUUUUCGAUUUGGUACUUUAUUUGAACAAUUUCUACGAAUUCAAUAUAUUUUACUUGCUCGUAUUAUAGCUACAAAACUCCAAAGCAAUAUUUUUAAAUUAAUUAAUUGACAAAAUUUACAUGUAAAAAUUGAAAAUGUAUAUGCUUUUAUUCACUUUAUCAUUCCUACUCUUUAAAAUCGGGACCCAAAUUAGCAAUAUAGAUACGUAAGGUUAAACCAAAUUGAGCCCCGUCAAACAUACACCUAAAGCUAAAGAACAUAAUUGAUUCAAUGGGAUUUUUAUAGGAUCAACAAUAAGAUAAUCUGAAGUCGAGCAAAUUGAAAAAAGAAUGUUCUAAAACUGUGUUAUGUACUUAGGUAUAAACAUUUUAUGAAAAAGUAAAGAUGAUAUUGUAAAUUAAAAAAAUAUAUUUUAAACCCGUGUAUUUAUUAUUUUAUUUCUAAUUUAUAGCCUAAAAAUUAAAUUUAAAAUACUGUACAAAAAAGUAAAAAAUAUUACCAUUUUUAUCUAUAAUUUCAUAUUAUGUUUUAAGACCAUUGUUAAUGUUUUUUAGGUAAGGCUUAAUUAUAUCAAAUGUGUAGUUGACAAAAAUAACCCCUGAUGUGUAAUGUUAAACUGCUCAAAAUAAUUCAAUGAAAUGGUUUAUAGAAAAAAUAUACUUUUAUUACCUAUCAUUCAAAUCACAUGCCUAUGUAUAUAUACAAAAAAUUAAUUAUUUUGUAAAAAAUAUCAGAUAAAUUGAAACUUCACCAGCCGUUAAAACAUCAAUAUAGAAUGUUAUAAUUUUAAUUUGUACUAAAACAUGUUUUACUUAUACUAUCUGUAUUUCAUGCAUGAUGAUAGACGUGAAUAUCAUAUUAACUGAAUACCGAUCGCAAUGUGUAUUGCAUUAUACAAUAUACUAUAUACUUAUUUAUUAAUUACCAUAAUAUAUAUAAUACGCGGCAUACGUGAGAAAAGCUUUAAAAGUGUAUCUUUAUAGAUAAUUUUUAUUGGUGAUAUAAUAAAUUAAUAAUAUAAUAGGCACUAAUUAAAAACCUAUAGAAUAAUCUUUUUUCAAUUAAAGUUUGCCGACUAGUAAUUUUAAGUAGAUUUAUACUGUUCGGUGUUAAAGAUUUAAUACAAUUAUUCCCAACGUUGCAAAUUAUUGAUAUCUAUUUUAUUCCUAACCUAACCUUUAGGGUUUCCAAAUUGCAUAGACAAUAAUAUUUCAAAAAUCAAUUACAUAUGAUAAUAUAUUUUCAAUAGAAGGUAUAUAAGAGGAACACAUUUGUUUUUAUGAAUAAAAAAACCAUAACAUUUUAUAUAUAUAUUGAUAUAGCUAUACAAUUCAGAAAUUUCAAAACAUAAUCGAUAGGUAAAUAAUUAAUGUAAAGUGUAAUUAUAUUGAAAUUAUUAUCGAUACAAAAUCCGAAGCAUAAAAGGAAAAAAUAUUAAUUUCGUUUAUAUAUUAUAAGUUAAACAAAUAUAAAAUAAAUUAAUUAUAAUGUCUUCUAAUAAUUAUACCACGUGUGGCAAUACAUUUAUAAAUUAUUAGUAACUAUAAAUAAACAAUUAGCAUAAAUAUGCAUAUAAUUAUACAAAAUCUAAGAUCGGUCAAGGCUAUUUUAUUUGUGACGAAUCGUGUGUAUUUUGAGUAAACUAUAAAAAGUGUAAGUUCCUAUAGUAUGUUUUAACACGGUUUUCUAUUUUUGUACACUCAAAUUAUUGAUCAGUUCGACAAUUUAAAAAUCGCUAUUCUAAUUGAAAACAUUUUUAGAAUAUGAUUAAAAAAUGUUUAACAUUAGAUAAUAAAUAUAAUCUGUUCUAUAAUAAGAAGAAGAUAUAUUUGAAUAAGAAGUAAAUACUGGUUUGUAUAAUAAAUAUUUUUUUUCGAAUACUUAUCGAAUGAUUGUACAAAAUAUUGCAUGUAUAAUAAAUGGCAUAGAAUGGAUACGCGCCAAAGGGGCAACUAGCCGCCCUGAAAAAUGACUAUGCAGGAAAACAUUUUAUUUUUUACUAUUGAUGGACACUAUAGUAUAAUCACUAUCAAACUAUUUGAUAGUUGAUCGCAUUUCAAUUAUUUGAUAGUUUCUGUAGAACAAAUAGUUUAUAUUCGAAAAAUAUUAUUGUGUGAAGGCACAGUGCAUGGUAUUUAAUUAAUACUCUAAAAUACUUUUCAAACUUAAAAGUAAAAUAUUUCAUCCACAGAUUGAUGAAAAUAAACACCAAGAUGUAUUUAAACUAAUACUUAAUUUAGUUAUAGAAUUUUUACUAUUGGUUACCAUUUGCAAAUCAAAGUAGUUGAUACACCCCCAAAAAUAAGGGUGAUAGAAAAUAAUUUAAAUGUAACAUUUUAGAGCGGCAUUUUUCUUAAAUUGUCAAUAAAAAAAAUUUCGAAAUAUCGUAAUGAACAUAUUUUCGUAGGAAACUCUCUAGUGUUACGUAUGACAUUUCCCUAUGCCCGUAUAAAUUUCAAAAGUAUACUAGCUAAAUUGCUAAAGGAAUAACGAAUGUAUUAUUUUCCGAACAUUUAUUAGAAAAGAAAUAUUGGCAGUUAAUCAAAAUACAGAAAUGUUAUUAAGUACAACUUUUAAAGAACUAUGUCUUAAAUUUCCCUAGCAAUUCUGUUAAGCCAAACUAUAUUAUUCACAUAUGCCUAACCAAUACAAAAUACAUAAAACAAAAUGAAAACAUGAACAUGGAAAAUGCCUAUAAUACUAUAAAUGCUCAAAAAUUGCUAGAAUAUGUUAAAAUUUGUACCACGUCUACAAAAUGCUAAUAUUAGUCCUUUUGAAAAUUGCAGGGCUUUACAAUUAUUUUUAACAGAGGCGCAACAAAAAAUUAUAUCUGUAAUACUAUAAAUAUCCUUGUUAUUCCAUCGUUUUUCCUAAUUAUUAUGAAAACCACAAGUGAAACUAGAUUUUAAGCGACUAAAAUUUUAUUUUGUCAAGCCAAAUGAUAAAUAUGAAAAAAAAAUAGUUAGAUGCAAAAAUUAAGUUUUUAAUUUUAAUUUUAAGUAUUUUUUAGUCAAUAUGUUAUCUAGUCUGUAUUAGGUCAAGUCAACCCGACGGGCUUAACUCGUAGUUUUAUCUAUGAAGAAAACUACGAGAAAAAUUAAAAACCAAAUGAUUUCUUAAUCAACUUGACAAAACAUUUUUUGGAAUACUUAUAUAUGUGGAUCUUGAAAUUAAGUCUAAAAAUGUUAAAACAGCACUGAUAUUGACAUUGAUACGUAACAUAUGAAUUUAAAGAACUAAGUGAGAAGUUUAAUUGUUACUUGAAUGUAGGUACUAAAGGCGAAACAAAAUAACCAGAACCCCUAUAUAAGCAAUAUCCAAAUAAUCGUUUAGGUGGCUACAUCCGAACUUAAUAAUAAUUCAAUAAUUCAAUAAUUGGUUCUCAAAUUAUUUUAAUAGCAAUUUAAAUUUGUCUUUCCAUUUUCGAACUUUUAAGUUAUAAUUAUUAAAUAUACCAUGAGACAUGCUCAAUGUUUUGAGCAACGUUGGUAUUUUACUACACCGACUAGCAUUAAUAUUUGUUCUAAUUCUGCGUACCUGGGCAUCUACAAGCUAACUUACAGCGAAUAAUUUUUACUAGGCGUUCAUGCGUAAUACUUCUUGAACUGUUGCUUAAUUUCUGUAUUUUUAUGUUUUUUAACGUCAUCCUUUUCAAGGUUAUGUACUAUAUUUUAACUAAAAAUUAAAUUUUUGUUAUUUAUUUUCAAAUAUGACUUACAUUUUAUUUGUACGCAUGUCCAACGUUCAAUGUUGUCUGCCAACUUUUUUUUGAAAUCCAAAAAUAAAACCUUCUAAUACGGCAAGUUUCGCAAAUUAAUUUGCAGAGUUUUCGUUUUCAACCGACAGUAGGUAAUUGAAGGUUUUCGUGUUAUGUAUUUAAUUACCGACUGUUGUUUAUUUGAAUUGGUUUUUUUAAAAAAAAUUUUGAUAAUACAAAGGAAAAACCGAAAUAAAAAGUAUUUAAAUAAUUUUUCGAAAUUAAUAUUCGAAUGAAAUAUUAGAUAGUUCAUCCAAACCAUCAAAACAUAUCGAUAAUGAAAACUACUUUUUAUCCAUUUUUGUUUAUAAAAAUAUCAAAUACUCAUUCUAUAUUAUCGUCUAUAAAAAAAAAAAAAAAAAAAUGUUAACUAUUUUGAAAUGUGCUUCGCGAAGUAUAAAAAAAUACAAAAUAAAAAUCUAAAAUGUUCUGCAGGGGGGGGGGGGGUUAAAUAAAUAUUAUAUCUUUUUAUCUCUAUAAAUUAAUAUAAUAAUAUAUUUUUUAUAUCAGAAUCUUGGUUUUACUAUGUAUGCGAUUUUUUUCCCUGAAUGUAAACAACUUUUCUUUCAGACAUUUUCACUAAAAAAUUGAAUAUGAGGUUUAUUAUAGUUUUAACUUAGUAAUCAAUAAAAAAAAAAGUUGAGCGCAAUGUAGUUGAUUUUUUUAUAUGCGUUUAAAAAUAAAAUUAUGACGGUAAUAUGUUAAAAAUUAUAUACAUAUAUAUGCAAACAAUUUUCUUUGGGCCACACAGAAAACCGCCUAUGAAUUUAUAAUAUAUUAAUAUUAUACCUAAUUGUAUGAUUUUUUAUUUUAAACAGUUGUUACGAUGGAUUUUUCUAACAAAACAGAAAAUGGUAAGAUAUCAUUGCCUGAAGAAGUUUUGGAAGUCUUGGAAUCUCAAUUCAAUAAAGUCAAAACACUUCAUUCUACCGAUUUGGAAAUAAUUGCGGCGGAAUUGGGUGUUAACGAUGUAGACGUUAAGGUAAAAUAAAUAUAUUUUAUUAAUAUAAGAAUAAAAAUAAUAGUUUAUUAUUACUAUUAUAAUUAAUAUCUAUAAAAUUAACUAUAGUUGAUUGAAAUAAACUAUACCAUGCAAGGUACUAUACUAUUAACCUAUAUAAUAAUAUAAGAUAUGUAUAUAUAAUAGGGUUCUUAAUUAAUUUGACAAUUAUGUCUUAUUAAAUAAAGAUAAAAAUAUAACCGACCUACUUUCUAUAUAAACAUCAAGAUGAAACAACACCAUUUUUAUAGGUUUUUUAGAAUAACAGUUAAGUAGUCGAAUAGUUAAAUAAUCAGUAUAAAUAUCUAAUGGAUGUUUUAUUUUAAUGUGUUAAACUGUUUUAAAUACUUGCAACCUCGGGUACAAUAAUGUGUUAUCUUAUUAAAUUUAAAUGAUUGAUAAAAAUAUUUGAGUAUAGUUAAUAAUAAAAUGUUGAAAAUAAUACAUAUAUUUCCUUAAAAGACUAUAAUAUGCUCGAUUUACCAUCUAUUAUACACACUUACACAUUUAAUUAGGCUAUAUAGGUAUCGCUUGAAAUAACAUAAACCUUCAUUUCUUUAGGACUAGGUAUAAAGUUAGCUUUAGUUUUUUUUUCUUCUUAGUAAUUUGUAAUGCAUUUGAAGAGUUUUAAUCAAUGUUUAAUAACGUUUGAAAAUAUUUUAAUGUUUUUUUUUAUCUCUUUGAACUUCAAUAAAUAAUAUAUUCGAAAAUGUAUUUAAAAUACCGUCCUAUAUACUAACUUCUUAUAACUACUUAAGAUGUGGAUCUAAAUAUUAAAAAACAAUGACAACCAUCGUUGUUAUAAUCUUUUAUUUAUUCUAUAUAUGGAUAUAAGUACUUAGAUAAUUUUAAAGUUAUAGCUUUAAAAAUCGGUACUGAAACUGAAUAUUAUUCAAAAAAAUAAAAAUGACAAUAUUUUUGAACAUUAUUUUUUGAUGAGAAUAUGCGAUCUAUAUUACCUAUCAAAAAUAAUUCUAAAUUAUCAAGUGGAAAAAUGCAGACAUUAAUUUUAUACUAACACAAAGAUUAUAAAUAUAUAUCAAUGCAAUUCAAUUUUAUUUUAUUAUACAAUUUAGAAUGUUAUCUAAAAAUCAAAAAAACAAUAGGUACCUAUAAUAUUCCAUUAACCUUACGAUAAGAAUAGUUUAUCAUUUUUGUUUUUAUUCGUUCAUUUUUUAGUCAUCACUUAGGUAUGUUAUAGAAUUCAAAAAUUGUACUUUGUAGAUGUUUUUAGGAUUUAUUAAUCACAAAAAAUACAUAGGUAUCAAAUGAUAUAAAACGCAUGAACAAUAAAACAGCUUGAUCAUUAGAAACUAUCAUGAGUGUGUAGAGAUAUAUUAUUAUUACGAUAAAAAUAUAAAUGUGUUUUUUUAAAAAAGAGUAUAUUGAAUGUUUUAAUUGAAUCAUACGAUUUUAUUAUUAUGUAAUUAACUAUAGUUAAUUUUUCUUUAUUUAUCUAUAUUUUGUUUUUGGAUUUUUUAGUUAUUUACAUAAUGCAUUAAUUAAUGUAAUAUAUGCAUAAGUUGAAGCCAUAAUAAGUAAAAAUGAAACAAUAUAUUGCAAAAGAUUAGACAUAUACAUCAGGGAAAAAUCCAGAGGGACUUAGGGGCCCAGCCCUCCCCCCCCUCAGACAUAUUAUUUCUCCGAUUUUUUUUUUAUUAUUCUAUAUUACUAUAUUCCAAUCACCGAUAUGUAUGAUAAAAUAAUAUAUUAUAUUACAAUUUAAUUGUAUUUUUGUUAAAAAAAAACUAUUGAGUUCCCUUAGAUCUUUGCUCUGGAUCCGUGCCUGUACAUCAUACAUAUUAAAUAUUAUAUAAUAAUCAUAAUUAUGCUUAAAUAAUAAUAACUAUAACUUGAUUAUAACUACAUUAUACAUCUAAUAUCUACCUAUUAACCUACGUUUUCUUAUACUUGCCUACGUUUGUUAAAAUAAAAUAUGAACACCUAUUUACUAGCUAUAGUCUAUAGCUAGUUUUGUAGAACUAAUUUUAUUUCUACAAUAAUUCUACGAGGUUCUAGUUCAAUUGACUUACAAAUAUUUUUUUAAAAAAAGACAAUAAAUCAUAUUAUCUAUGAUUUUAUUAACUAGUUGUUGAAUAAUAUUAAUUUAUUAGGUUUUAAUCGAAAAAUUAAAUUUUCAAAACAGAGGUUAACUCUAUUAUAGAUGUACAAAAAUAGGUAGUUAUAUAAACUCUAUGUUAUCUAACUGUCCAAACUUCCGAUUGGGUUCGCCACCAUCUCUGUAAGUUUAUUAAUUCCUAAAUGUAUAUAAAUUUAAUAAAUUAAAUUGUGAAUUUGUACACCUAAUUUUAGUUGAAUUACAUGUCUGGUUAGUUGUGUUUUAAACAACUUUAAAUAUAUUACACAAAUUUAACUAUUGAUUUUGGAUACAUUUAUUAUUUACACGUGUUUAAUAAUAUGUUUUAGAAAUGGUAUACUAACAGACUGGCCGCGUGGAGAAGAAGUCAAGGACUUUCUGAUUGUUUUGGACAAUUAUAAAUUUAAAAAACAAAUACACCAACUAAUUAAUGAGUAUAUAUUUUAUUGUUUAAGUUAAUAUGUAUUAUGUUUUAUGAAAGCAAUUUUCUAUUAUAAAAAAUAUAACUGUAAAGUUAUAAUAUUAUUUGUUUUUGUAUUUGUAGAUAGUUGUUGUUAGUAAUCAGGAUUGUUACAUUUUACAUUUUUUUUUUUUUUUUUUUUUUUUUUUUUUUAUAUAGUUUACUGAUUUUUAAAUCUAAAAAUGUGUAAAUUAAUAAAAAAAAUAUAUACAUUAUGUUUUCCCAUAAAUGCUCGUCAAUAAAUAGUAAUAUAUUGUUUAUACAUUUUCAAAAACAUAAAUAUUUUACUGUUCAAUAAAAUACGUAAGUAGAUAUAUGAUAUGUAAUGUAUGUAAGUUAAAUAAACAAAUGUCUAGUAAUGCUAUGUUGUUGAAAUUGAAAAAUAUUUGUAAAUAAUAAAAAGCAUCAGUUUCUCCUAAAACAAGGUAAGCAUAUAUUAAUAAUAUUAUAAGUUCAACGAAAAAGGCGAGGAGAAAGUAAAUUACACCCACUCAGUGAACGAGAUGUACGAGUAAAUAGAGUAGGUAUAGGAAUAAUAAAUUGCACCCGGCACUUUUUGAUUUCCA